GUUUACUGUGAAAAUGAUUCAAAAAAUUCAAGUUUGAAUAAAUUAUCAAUAAAUAAUUAUUAUGAGAAAAGUUAGAGAAACCAAAUACUACCGUCCCAUAUUACUAUCGUUGUUUUCCUUCGUCCUAGGAUGUAUGCUCACCAUAAACCUAACACCCAUCGACAAAACUUGCAUUAUAGACAACACAGAUCACGAAUACAACGUAAUGCAAAAUUCCAAAUUGCGAAACCCGGAAUUGAUUAUUUUAAUAUUUUCCGCGCCUAAAAAUUUGGAAAAACGCCAAGUUCUAAGAGAAACUUGGCUGGACAUGGGCCGAGAGAUUUCAGCAACUGCCAGCUACCGCUACAAGCAUUAUUUUAUAAUUGGAAGCUUAGGCCUUAGCGAGAACGAAGUUUUACAUUUAAGCGACGAACAAUCUGAAUUUGGAGACAUACUAGUAUUGCCCGUAUAUGACAGCUACAACAACUUAACAGAAAAGGUACUUCAAGCCUAUGUAUGGCUCGACGAACAAUAUGAAUACGGUUUGGGCUAUAAAUACGCCCUCAAGUGCGAUGACGACAGCUUCGUUAACCUACCAGCCCUGCUUAUAGAAAUACCAAAAAUGGAAAACACCCUGGGCAACUCAAAUUUGCAAUUCCCUUUAAAUCUUCCACCAGAAAAACUGAAUCAUUUUAUUACUACAGAUGUGCAAACUAAUCAGGAAUUUGGGAAAAAUUUGCAAGUUGUAAAUAUGAGUUUUUAUUGGGGCUAUUUUCAUGGCAAUGCUAAAAUUAAAACAGCAGGCAAAUGGAAGGAAGAUGAUUGGAUUAGUUGCGAUAGAUACUUGCCUUAUGCUUUAGGGGGAGGAUAUAUUUUGUCAAAAAAUUUAGUCAGCUUUAUAUCAAAUAAUAAUGAAUAUUUAAGAACAUUUAAAUCUGAAGACAUCAGUGUAGGUCUCUGGCUAUCUCCAGUAACAAACACUAUCAGAAUUCACGACAUCAGAUUUGAUACCGAAUGGGUCACAAGAGGUUGUAAGAAUUACUAUUUGAUAAGUCACAAUAUUUCUCCUGAAGGUAUGAGGACGAUGCAUGAAAAUUUGAAGAGCAACAAACAAUUGUGUACCAAAGAGGAGGACAAGAGGAAGUAUUAUUUGUAUAAUUGGUCUGUGCCACCAAGCCAAUGUUGUAUUACUGUAAAAUAGGGUGACUGAUUAUUUUAAAUGAAAUUGAUAAUCUUUGUUUUACUUGGUACAAAAAUUUAAAAAGUUUCGGAUUGUUCAUUUAUGGUGGACUUUUUGAUGACAUUUAUUGUUUGAUGAGCUAACAAGUGCUGAGAUGUUGAAAAUGGUACUUUCAGCAAGCAAAAACGUGUUAUAUUCAAGAGUGAGGAAAAUAUUGGUAUCUAAUAUAAAGCACUCUAGUAAAUUUGGACUAGUUUCAUUUUGCCCCAAUUUCAACAUCCCAGAACCAAAUAUGUCGUAACAGACUUCACGUGGGCCUCCGCCACGGUAUAUACUAUUAUCGCUUUAAUAAAGGCCGGUAUUAGUUAGUAGUUUUUAAGUUUAAGUUUGACUGUGAUAUGAUUUGGAUAGUGAUUAUUGUUGAGAAUUGUAAAGAGUUCAGUUGUCUAAGUUAAUAAGUGAAGUAAUUAGGAGUGUAUAGUAACAUGGAGUUUGAUUUUGGAAUAAACGAACCCAAGAUUUCUGUCACGCAACUCAGAGCCGU